AUGUGUAUGAAAGGACCAGCAUCUGAGGAUGAUGGCCCAGUAAUAGUUGAAGAAUUAGAAACAGAUAUAGCCAAGAAUGUAAUUACAUCAAAUCGUUGUUCAAAUCAGCCAAGUACAAUUUAUAUGAAUCGAACUGGACAAUGUGUCCCAUUAUGUCAUUCAAAUAAUGGCUAUACAAAGGAUGAUCGUGAAGCAGCUAGUACGGCAUUAUUUAUUAUGUCAUUACUUUGUACUGCAUUAACAUCUGUUUGCUUAUUAACAUUUUGCACCCGGAAACAUUGUUUAGUUGGUUUACCGGAAUUAUCACUCCUAUUUUGCUCCGUAUCAUUUUCCGUUUCCGCUAUUGUAUAUCUUUUUUCGUUACUCUAUCGAGAUCAGCUAUUCUUUUGUACUAUUUCGGAACAACCGGUCGUUUAUGGUGGUUUGUAUUAUGUUGCACCUGGAAUAAAUAUACUCAAAGGCAUCAACAAAAUUCGGUAUUCAAUUUUUUAUAUGUAUAAUUAUUAA